ACAAAACCAAUAUGCAUAUAUAGUGCAAGCUGCAUACUAAGCUUAGAAUAUUAUUGCGGUACUUGUUAAAGAGUAAAAGGAUGACUUUAAAUUCAAGCUGGUUCAUAUAUGUGCGCAAAUAUUGUCCAUCAAAAUGAAUGUAGUGACAGUAUCACACAAAAACUUCAAUCUGUUUUGGCUUUGCGAACUAUGUUGUACUGUCGGGCUGCUGUGUACAGUGCAGCAGGACUAUUGUGCGGAACUCUCUAAAAAGUCAUUGAGUAUGAUAUUGGGCCAAGCCUUUAACCCACGCUACAUGAGCAUUGAGCCACCGAAAGGAGGAACAAAAGAGGAUGCAUCGAACUUUGGAUUUAAGAGAUCACUCUUUGAUGUACCAUUCUAUGCCGAUAACAACGUCGUUUCAUUAGGUACUUUCCCCGCUUGGGAGACCAACCAUUUUGCAUACUUUGCAAAGAAGGAAGAGGACUCAUUAAAAAAGAAAGACAUAAACAUUAGAAAUGCUUUUUUUGAAGAAGGCGGACAUGGAAAACCUGAAGUAUUUAAAACUCGGCCUUGGGAGUGUUCCUCAAUAAUUAACUGGAUUGAUCUAGGAUUAAAUUAUUUUCCACGCUACAUCCGCUCCAUUGAGUGCAUUGCUAAGAAGUGCUGGUACGGCCACUUCAAAUGCAAACCUAAAUCAUUCACUAUCAAAGUGCUUCGUCGUAAACCUGGGUCUUGUAUUCAUGUAAGCGAAAAACUAAUCUUAAUAACUUCAGACGAAUACAUAAAUGAAUACACACAAUUAUGGAUUUGGGAGGAAAUCGCUGUUAACUUUUGCUGUGAAUGCGUAAUGCUAUACUAAGUAUAAUU